AGCGGGGCGGGCCUUAGUGGACUGGAGGAAGAAAGAAAGGAGUCUUUAGGCUCAACCCUCAGUCGCCAUUUUAAGGAGUUUGACCUGCCUCACCGGUAGCGGACCGUUGUUACGCAGCACAUUUCUAACGCUUUUGAUAUUUUAAUCUUAGUUUUCUCUGAUAUCAGGAUCAAUGUCUCGAUUUAACAAUAAUCGCGGCGGCUUCGGGAUGAAUCACUUCCAGCAGCGCAGAGGAGGCGUUGGGCCCGGCGGCCCGAUGCGAGGCGGCCUGAUGGCCAACCCGCACUUCAGGAACCAUCCGUUUCAGAACCAGAACCAGAACCGGAGAGGGCAUAAUAAUAAUAAUAACUUCAACAGACUUCCUAACCAGGGACCACAGACUCCCCAGAAGACACAGCUGAACCAGUCUCUGCCCAUCAUCCCUCCGCCGACCCCCGGCCCGGCUCUCACCAUGAAGGGCCCGAUGCAGCAGCAGCAGGAGCCCAAACCGGCAGCGGAGCAGCCGAAACCGGCACCGGUACAGCCCAAACCAGCACAAGAACAGCAGCAGCCGAAGCCAGCACCGGUACAGCCCAAACCGGCACCGGCUCCGACACCGGCACCGACCCAGCAGCCCAAACCGACAACCCCCGCUCCUCCGCCGAAGAUCCAGUCCCCCCCACCGAAACCCAACAUGACCUCCCCUCCACCCAACCAGGCCAACAAGAACCAGAACCAGCAGCAGCAGCUGAACCAGCAGCUGAAGUCCCCGCUAGGGAACACUAACGGGCAGAAGCCGCCUCCUCACCAGAGCCCGAAGUCAGGCCACUACCAGGGCCAGAAGUCGAGCCCGUAUCAAGGCCAGAGGACCGGGCCUUAUCACGGCCAGAGAUCAGGCCCGCACCAGAGCCAGAGGAGCGGGCCGCCGGCCAUGAAGCCCCGACAGGAGCCAGAGAGGAUGGCCACAGACAACGCCGCGGGGCCCGAUGGGAGCCAGUCAAAGUCGUUCAAGGCAACCCUCUCCAUGCUGCUGAAACCCGGAGAGAAGACGUACACACAGCGGUGUCGUCUGUUCAUCGGAAACCUGCCCAACGACAUCACAGAGGACGACUUCAAGAGGCUGUUCGCAAAAUACGGAGAGCCCAGCGAGGUGUUCAUCAACAAAAGCAAAGGCUUCGGCUUCAUCCGACUGGAGUCCCGUGCACUUGCCGAGAUAGCAAAGGCAGAGUUGGAUGACACACCGAUGAAAAGCAGACCCCUGCGUGUCCGGUUCGCCACACACUCUGCAGCUUUGUCUGUGAAGAAUCUGUCGCCGUUUGUUUCCAACGAGCUCCUGGAAGAAGCUUUCUCCCAGUUCGGAAUGGUUGAGAGAUCAAUUGUCAUCGUGGAUGACCGCGGGCGCUCCACAGGCAAGGGCAUUGUCGAGUUUGCCUCCAAACCUGCGGCCAGAAAGGCCCUGGAUCGGUGCAACGAGGGCGUCUUCCUGCUCACCACGUCACCCCGGCCCAUCGUAGUCGAGCCCCUGGAGCAGUUUGAUGAUGAAGAUGGUCUUCCAGAAAAAUUGGCACAGAAGAACCCCAGAUAUCAAGCAGAACGUGAGGAACCUCCUCGUUUUGCUCGCCCCGGCACUUUCGAAUACGAGUACUCCAAGCGCUGGAAGUCCCUUGAUGACAUGGAGAAGCAGCAGAGGCAGCAGGUGGAGAAGAACAUGCGCGAGGCCCGUGAGAAGCUGGAGAGCGAGAUGGAGGACGCGUUCCAUGAGCACCAGGCCAGCCUGCUCAGACAAGAUCUGCUAAGGAGACAAGAGGAACUGCGGCGCAUGGAGGAGGUGCACAGUCAGGAGAUGCAGAAGAGGAAGGAGAUGCAGAUCAGACAAGAAGAAGAGCGUCGCCGGCGGGAAGAAGAGAUGAUUCACAAGAGGGAGAUGGAAGAACAGAUGCGUCGCCAGCGUGAGGAGAACUACAGGAUGGGCAACUUCAUGGAUAGGGACAGGGAAAUGAGGAUGAAACCCGGUGGAGCUCUGGGCAUGGGAGAUAUGUCCUUUGGUGGAGCCAACCAGAAGUUCCCCAUGGGUGGACUAGGCUUUGAGGGGCAGCAGGGAAUGGGAUCACCUGCAGGAGGCUUGAUGGGCAACGAAAUGCGCAACGAGCGCUUCAACCAGGGCGGUCCUAGGGGAAUGGGUCCUGGUAACGCCGGGUUCGGCAGGGUCCGUGAGGAGUUUGACGGUCCUGCAAAGAAAGCCCGUUUUUAAACGCAGCUCUUUGGUGCUUCCAGGAGCAGCAUUUGUAUAGAUUCUCCACAACAAACAUGUUGAGUCGCAUUUCUUGUAUUUAAGUUUAAAUUGCUACAUUUUAGCCUGACAAUUUACUCAUUUUAUGAAAAAGUCAAUAUUUUCCUUUUUUAUUUUGUAUUGUCAGUAGUAUGGAAAGAUGGGACACCUUCGUGUGCUCGUUAGUUCUUUCUGACCCAUGUAUAAUUUUCUUUUCUAGAUGUAUUAUGCUCUGUGAUUCGCCGUGAAGUGAUACCUGUAACUUUCUCUACCUACUAUGGCUGUGUUUUGUGCCAUACAUUUGGAGUCAAAGCAUGGAUUAUAAUAAAGAGACAUUGGUUCUAUCAGGACAAA